AUGGUGUAUUUUAUUGAUAUAUUACAUAUAGCAUUUCUAUAUUCUAGUGUUUUGUUCAGUAUACUAAACUUAAAAUAUAUAAAUGUAAAAAUAUAAAUUCGCUCGGCUCGCGGAUUCACCUAUGUGACCAUGGAGGGUCCAAUCCGUUUUACGAAUAUUUGGGCUAAAAGCCUGAUCUAUAGCUGCCAAGUGGCUGCUCUGUUCUGGCUAGCUCUUCCUAUCGCCUACAGGGAUAAGAGUCUGCCUCUGGCCUGCUGGUAUCCCAUUGACCACAAGCAACCAAUUGUCUAUGAAGUCAUUUUCUUUCUUCAGGGCAUGGGACAGAUUCAAAUAUCCGCUGCCUUUACGGCUGCCAGCGGAUUCCUAAAAAAUGUGCUGGCCACAAGUUACUUGGAAGUCGGCGCCACACUCACGGAACUGAGAAAACUGCAAGAGGCACAAUCUGUGGCCGAUGCCGAGCUGAAUCAAUACAGCUAUGCAAUAGAGGAGCGAACUCCGUUGGAAGAACUCAUUCGGGAAAGAGAUGCAAAUAAUAUUACAGACUUUUCCGCCUCAUUCAAUCGGGCUUUCAAAAGCUGUAUAGCUCAGCAUCGGUUUAUUAUUGCGGCUCUUAGGAAAAUCGAAAGGUUCUUUAAUCCUAUUUGGCUUUGCAAGACGGGCGAGGUGACAUUCUUGGUGUGCCUUGUGGCCUUUGUCUGGACGAAGAGCACUUCGGCCAAUUCGUUUAUACGUAUGCUAAUCCUGGGCCAAUAUUUGGUGUUGGUGCUCUUUGAGAUGUUUGUCAUCUGCUAUUUUGCCGAGUUGGUCUAUCAGAACAGUCAGCGUUGUGGCGAUGCUCUGUGGCGUAGUCCUUGGCAACUGUGUAUGCGCCAGGUGCGCAGUCAUUACCUCUUCUUCAUUAUGAAUGGACAGAAACACUUUCAGCUAACCGCUGGCAAGAUAUACAAUCUGAAUGUGGAACGCUUUAGGAGCGUAAGCAUCCAAAUCAAGUCUAGCACCGCAAACAUUUGGAGCAACAGGAUGAAACGCGUCGAGCACUCUGAGGAAGAAUGGAAACGUCGGGAUCUCUUUGGAUUUAUAAGAUCUACAAUGCGCGUGGCUUCGAUGUAUCCAUGGAGCUUAGACACAAAUGGCAAUGUUCUAAGCUAUCUAAUAAAUUUGAUUGACUUGAUCUACGAGAUGUUCAACUACUUUGUUUGUGUACAUCUGGCGGCAUUAUACGUCUGCACUAUCUACAUCUACUAUGGCCAAGGGGAUCUGGAAUUUCUCGUCAAUUGUCUCAUACAAACGAUCAUCUAUAUUUGGUCCAUCCUAAUGAAAUUGUACUUUCGACGCUUUCGACCCAAGCUGCUGAAUGAGAUCAUCAGCUCUAUCAAUGGAAAACAUCAGACGCGCUCAGCACUCGGUUUCACCUAUGUGACCAGCAUGGGAGCAUUGCGUCAUUCUAAUCUGUGGAUCAAGAGCUACGUUUACUGCUGCUUUAUAGGCACCAUAUUCUGGCUAGUGCUGCCCAUUGUCUACAGAGAUGGCAGUCUGCCCUUGGCUUGUUGGUAUCCCUUCGAUUACACCCAACCGAUUGUCUAUGAGGUGAUAUUCUUUCUUCAGGCCAUGGGACAGAUUCAAGUGGCAGCUUCAUUUGCCUCUUCUAGUGGAUUUCAUAUGGUCUUGGGCAUACUCGUCUCUGGCCAAUACGAUAUUCUCUAUUGCAGCCUCAAGAAUGUGUUGGCCACAACAUAUUUGAGAAUGGGUGCGACUUUGGCACAGCUGAGCGAACUCAAAGAGGCGCAAUCUGUGGCAGAUGCCGAGGUGAAUCAGUUCAGCUACUCCCAAGAGAUUCACACUCCACUGGAAAAACUCACAGAGCAGCAAACGUCGAGUAAUAUUAGAGACUUUAAAAUCGCCUUCAGAGAUUGUUUUAAAGAUUGCGUGGAGCAACAUCAUUAUAUCAUAGCGACCCUUUACAAAUGGGAACACUUCUAUAAUCCCAUCUGGAUAUUCAAGAUCGGCGAGGUGACCUUUCUCAUGUGCCUAGUGGCCUUUGUCUCGACCAAAAGCACAACGGCCAAUUCGUUUAUGCGCAUGGUUUCGUUGGGUCAGUAUCUGCUGCUUGUGGCUUAUGAGCUCUUCAUCAUCUGCUACUUUGCCGACCUGGUCUAUCAGAAUAGUCAACGUUGUGGAGAUGCUCUGUGGCGUAGUCCUUGGCAUCUGCACAUGCGACAAGUGCGCAGUGAAUAUUUGUUCUUUUUGAUGAAUUCCCGGCGACAGUUUCAGCUGACUGCUGGCAAAAUAUACAAUCUAAAUGUGGAUCGCUUCAGAGGCACUAUCACAACAGCUUUUUCAUUUCUGACGCUUCUACAGAAAAUGGAUGCUCGUGCCUAGUUUCGCAUUUACUUGUUUAUUCUCAUAUAAUACAAUUAUUUUAAUUUAAUAAAAAUUAGCAUAAAAAUGUAACACAUACAAAUAGUUA